AGCAACAGCAGCAGAAGAAGAAGAAGCUCAGUUCCUGUUUAUGUUGUCAUGUGAAAGUGAAUUCGAGUCAGCUGCAGGUUUGGCGGAGUGCGGACUCUGACAGGUCGCAGGAAUGUGAGCUCCUGCUCUCGUUGCCCGAGAGGAAAUGGACGAGAUCAGUCCUUUGUUGGGCAACCAACCCCAAGAGAGGCCCAACCCUCUGUCUCCGAACCUGAGGCCAAGGCACCAGGAACUGAUCCCGACGCCAUGUGGACCGAUCAAGCCGUGGUCGGAGCUGUCGUGUCUGCUGAAGCUCUACUUCUGCUUCGCCGUCGCGUCUCUGCUGGCGCUGCUCGGCCUCACCCUGACCAGCGUCUACAAGCAGCGCAUGGAAACGGACGUGUCUGAUGAGGACAACUUCACCGUGUCUCUCAUCCAGCUGGUGGGCAUACUGUUCUGCAUCUACUACAUCGGCCGCGGCGUGCUGCAGGAGAACCGGCAGGAGCUGGUGGCGUUCGUGCUCAGCGUGUUGGUGGUCAUGGUUCGAUCGGUGGUCAACUUCUCCGUGCUGGGGUCGAAGGGCAAGCAGGAGCUGCUGGUUCGUUUUGUGUGCACCAUGUGUCUGGGCGUGGUGCACGUACUCUGCACGUCGCUGCUCAUCCAGCGGCCCAACAUGAUGGCGUUCCGUGUGGGCGGGGCCUUGGAGAGCCUCCAGGAGCAGUACUUCCUGCUCAACCUCUGCUUCUCCAUGGUGACCUUUGACCUGCAGGCCCAGUUGUGCCUGUGUAUCCUGAUCACGACGUUGGACUCGGCCAUGUCCGCUCGCAACAGCAUCAUCCUGGGCGUCGGAGUGGUCUGGGCCUGCCUGACCGCCGCCGUCGGCGCCGUCGCGGUUUUAAAGGAAGCAAAGGUCCUGGUUUGGGUCUUCAUGGUGCAGAACCUUCCUCAAGUGGCCUUCUUCGUGUACCUGAUGUACACGGUGGGAUUGAAGUGGUUCCAUGACAGCUCGUACACCCUGGAGGCCGCCGCCGUCACCGGAGCGUUGAUUUCACUGGUGAUUAAAGUGGUUUUGUUCUGGGGCCUCAUCAGGCUGGUGCACAGCUUCGGCCAAGGCCUGCGGGAGAGAAUGUUUGCACCCAGCAAGUGAUUAAACAACCUGGCGGACCAAGGACACAGCUGCACGCAGAGGGCCUGACAUCAAGAAGAAAAUGGAGCUUUUUUGUCAGCAUCAACUCCGGCUAAAUGAUCAGUAAUUUUAAGUCUUACUUUUUUUUUUUUUUUGUCUAAUCUGCUGUAGAUGUAAUUCUCUUGUUGUAUGCACAGGAUGUGAAGCACCGCAUUCAAACUGUUCCGUACGGAAGUACACAAAAAAUGCCUUUGUAGUUUGGGUUUAUAAUGGUUUGUAAUUUUUUUUCUCUCUGUGUGCUAACACCAAAGUUCAACUUUUCUACAUUGCAACUUCAUCCUUGUGAAACUUGUCUUGACCGCCUCUUUGGGCAACACUGGAAUAUUUGUAUUGUCGGAUGUUUUUCUUUUUUUACUAAACUUUCUGCUGCACCUUAAUGGACCUACUUGAGUUUUAUUUUAUUAUUCAAGGUUCUUAUUAAAAAGAAAGAUAAAUUCGGA